AUGGAAGCCUACAUUCCAAUUCAAGGAAUUUUGGUUUCAGAAACAACUUUGCCAGAGAUUUGGAUCCGGAUAGAAAGUCUAAAACAAAUCGCUAAAAAUUACAUUUCAAAUUUCCACAAAUUUUUCCAAGAUAUUAUUGAUAAUAGGCAUAUACACAAUGUAAUGGUUAACUCCAUUUAUUUGUUAUGGAUUAAUAUAAUUAAAGUUGAAUCGUCUUCUUUUCAUUUGAUUUUAUCUCGAGAAAUUCUUAAUAAUAUGAUUACAUCUCGUCCCAAAAAUGUUCCGAAAUAUCAGCCAGUACCAAAUUUAGAAAUAAGUCCCGAUUUAGAAACCAUGGAUAUUGAAAACACUAUGGUUUAA